GAGUCAUUCUUUAAGUGUGAUGGGGGUAACAGACUAAUUUACUAUCGUAUUUAUAAUAUCAGCAGGGAGAGGUAUUCGGCGGUAAGGCAAAAGUGCAAUGGAACAUCGUCUCGCUCAUAUUUUAGCAGCUAUAUUGAGAACGUAACUUCAUGUCGGUAGACAACUAUAAUGGUAGUUAUUUAUUCUCUCCGCUACUUGUACUGAAGGUAAUAGGUAAGCAUCGUUGUGCCUCUGGUUGUGAUUUACGUUGUUUAAAGCUUGAAAAUAAGUGACGGAAUAAAUCAUGGACAGGCGUGUGUCAGUCGCUCGACCUAAGCGUUGUGAUUUGUUUUGUUAUUGUUAUUAUCAGUGUGUCAACUGCUAUAUAAGUGGAGUACGCUCGGCUCUCAGUCAUUCAAUCUUCCGAGGCAUCCAAAGUCGAUCCAGUUAUAGAAAUUGAAACGAUAAGUGUGAAAAAUGAUCGACAAGAAAGCACCUGCCUUUACGGAGCUUAGCGAGUUCGCCAGUGUUGGCGCUGGUGGCAAGGUAGCGUUCGCGACCGAUGACUUCUUUGCGACAUGCGAGAACAUGCUUGCCGACAGCGACCCUCUGUGGCUCGCUGACAAGUACACCGAGUACGGCAAGUGGAUGGACGGUUGGGAGACGAGACGCAAGCGCGUGGCCGGCCAUGAUUGGUGUAUACUGAAGCUUGGCACUAAGUGCGUCAUCCGCGGACUUCUUAUCGACACAGCAUACUUUACCGGAAACUAUGCGCCAAAAUUUUCGAUACAAGCUGCCUGUUUAACACCUGCAGAAGAAUCACUGCUACCGGAAAGAAAUGCCUGUAUGGGAACAGCGUGUACAGAAAACGAACUGGAAGUUGUAGAAAGGCUAGCGACCAACAAGUGGAAUGAGAUCGUGCCUAUAACUGGUCUCAGGCCGGGCUACGAAGAGACCAGACUGAAUUAUCAAAAGGUAUUAAGUGACGAAGCAUACACACAUGUCCGCGUAAACAUCUUCCCUGAUGGUGGGAUUGCGCGACUCAGAGUUUACGGUGUAGCAAAGCCAGAAAGGCCGUUGCCUCAUCACAUGGUGGAUUUACUGUCCUUGCUAAACGGCACCACAUGCCAAGGGUACUCAAACGCUCACUACGGCCACCCACGCAAUAUGAUCAAACCCUGCAAAAGCAAGUGCAUGUCCGAUGGGUGGGAGACGGCCAGGAGACUCGACCGACCGGACAUUAUCGAGGCUAAUGAGGAUGGCACGCUCAAAGUUUCUGGAGAAGAAUGGGCCGUCUUCAAAUUGGGUUUCCCGGGAAGGAUCAAAGAGCUGUGUGUGGAUACUGCGCACUUCAAAGGCAACUUUCCGGAUUCUGUCAAGAUAGAGGGUACCUUCUUAAGCCGCGAUUGGUCGCCUGAAUCAAAACCGCAGUGGAAUAGCAUCUUAAGGCCAAGCAAGCUCUCCGCUCACCGUGAGCACUGGUACAACUGUGAGUCGAACCUGGUGACGCACGUCAGAGUGACCAUGGCGCCUGAUGGAGGCAUCAGCAGGGUACGCGCCUUUGGCUUCGUCGACAAUACGAUAAUAGUUUAAUUAAGGAAGAUUCAUUGUGAUAACUUCAACUCCUUGUGCAUCAUAUUGUUAUUCCAAAAUUAUGCACAAGGAGUUGAAGCAGCCUGACCUACCGUUUAUUUAACAUUUUAAUUAUGAUAGAUAGCAAGCGGAUAAUAACAGGAGUGAGUAGCUAACUAUUGAGUAGCGUUUCUGUGCUGGGUCUUAAAAUAUUAUUACCAUGUGUUCUGAAUUCAACAUUUAAAUGUAUUCAAUAUUGUUUCGUCCGUAAACUUUUGUAAAUAUUUUAAACGUCUUUUUUAUAAAAAUAGCAACAAACUUCGUAAUCGAUUUCAUGAAUGUGUAAAAGAAGUAAUGUGUAUAUAUUAAAAAUAUUUGAAGCGGGUCACUUGCUACUCACAUAAUUAAAGUAAGUUUUUGCUAGAUUAUUUUGUAUUAAGUUAUUUACUGCUAGUAACUUUAUUACGUAUUGAUGUUUGUUAGUAAGUUAUUUUUAUACAAUAAGAAUCAAACAUGGUAGAAAGUUCCUUGUAUUAUAAAGGCCGACAAGUAAUAUAUGAUCAUUGUCAAGAGGGUUUUGUCACUGAGGGGGAUUGUCACUGUCAUUCUCAUGUAUAGGAUGACAGUUCAGUUUAGUAUGAAAAAAAUAGUUCCAGUGAAAUUCCGCAACAUGGCGCGUGAUCAUAUAUUACUGGUCAGGCUUUACCUAAAGUAAUUUAAUUUAGUGUUAAAUUUCAAGUAUUAUUAUAUUAAAUGUUAUACCUAUACCUUAA